AGCUCUUAUCCAUUCCCAAAGGACACCGCCACAAACGCGCCCCUAAAGAGGAAAUGGUAUUCUCCUUGUCAAUGAGAUUCCCGGCAACCCCGCCGGCACAGCUGCCGGUGCCCCUCUGGCGCCUAGGACCUCCGCGGGUCAGUCUCAGCACCGUCCUUGGCUGCACCCACCGUCGUACUCGGAUCCGGACCACUUUCAGGGCUGUAGAAGAGAGCAAGGAGAGCGCGGAAUCGGAGGCGGAAACUCCUGGGAGCAGCGUCCCCGGAGAACCGGCGGGCCCAUGCCGAGACCUCGGCGGGACCGAGCUGAGCGAGCUCGGUGCGGAGAUAAAGAGAGCGAUGGAGCAGAGGAAGGAGAAGGCGGAGACCAACCUGCUGAGCGGGGUCGGGGAGGAGGUGAGGGAGAUCGAGUGGCCGGCGUUCGGGAAGGUGCUGGGGACGACGGGAGUGGUCCUGGGGGUCAUUGCUGGGUCGAGCGUGGCCCUGCUGACCGUCAACGCCGUCCUCGCCGAGCUGUCCGAUAAGGUCUUCGCCGGGAAGGGCAUUCAAGAUUUCUUCGGGUGAGGGUAGGGGCAGAAUGGGAAUAAUGACCAUCUUCGCAAGGGCAGUGGCGGUCCAAGUGGCGAACAGAAGUGGAGUUUUAGGAAAUUCCUUUUGGGCCCCCGAUUUGUUUUUUCAUUUUUUUUUUAGGGGAGGGUUUUGGAAAUUUUGUAUAAAGAUUAUAUAUCUGUGUAAUUUAAGUAAAAGAUUUUCAGGCAAAAUUGCAAAGCACUUGGUUGCCUCACCAUCCUGUGAUUCUUUA